GACCCGUUGCAACCCAAGUAUAAACCAGCUGUCUUGCGCAUCUCUGUAUGCCAGAGGCGAGAUUCGAGCUAGGUUCGCUCCAAAGAUUCGCAGUUCCAUCGCUCUCGAGACAACCUGUCGAGCUCACGAGCUUCUCCUAUGACCAUGAACGGCGGCUUCACCACGAUGACCGAAGCUUAGCAUACUACCAACCUGCUUCUAAUCUCCCAGCAAGUCUGUCAACGGGCUUCGAGCAGCUUGUUUCUAGGGAUGAAUCAAUUGAUGAACACAUUGAUGGUCUGCUGUCUGGCUUGAUACACUACGAGCAACGUUGCAGUAUAACGCAGGACUCUGUGGGACUUGCAAAAAGUCAACAAGUUGAUUUUGUCACUUGGCGCGGCAUGCUGACCAAGUUGCUCACGAUUGGCUUCUCUAAUGAUGCCUUUGAAAUGAAUGCUACAGUCCUGGACGGGACAAUCUACAUUGAAGAGCACAUUACAGAUGAGAGUCGAUUGGAGAAGAAGAAGCGCGAGGGAGAUGCACGGCAGCGUCUUAUGAGCUAUUGGGGAUACAAGUACGAAGCCCUUGCAACGCUUUCCAAGCCAUACGAUGCAUGUUCUCGUGCUGAGAUUGAGAGUAGAGACAAGGUCCAGGUCAAUACCAAUGUACAAUAUGUGUCAAUUGUAAGAACACGACUCGGACAAUGUUCCUUGCUACUGGGUGGCGAGGUGGAUUGUGUCUACGACUACAAGCCCGUCCCCGAUCCAGACUUACAGGCAGCGAGUCCAGAUGACAUUGAAGGGCUGCGCAAGAAACCACAAACACCAUUGAAGCCAGAGUCUAUCGUCUCCCACUACGUUGAGCUCAAGACGACCAAAGUGCAACAAUCACGAAGAGACAAAGAGUCAUUUGAGCGAUUCAAACUUCUCAAGUUUUGGGCACAAAGCUUCCUUUUGGGUGUACCACGCAUCAUCGUCGGGUAUCGCGACGAUGAAGGCUAUCUACAGCAAGAGGAAGAGCUCGAAACACUCAAGAUACCGGGUAUGGUACGGCAAGGUACCAAUGCAUGGGAUGGCAAUGUCUGCAUCAAUUUAGCAGCUGCACUGCUUGCCUUUAUCAAGGAAAAUUUGAGUGGUCAUGCAGAGGGACUUUGGCGGAUCAAGUAUGCGGGUAGAUCACAACCACAACGUGGUGCUGCUCCUACACUUGGCUUUGUUGAGGUUGUGCAAGUGAGCUCCACUGGCCAUGGCUCAAUCUUGACGCCGGAGUUCCUGGCGCAUCGCAAGUCAGCGACACUGGGUAGCAACGGAAUAUAGCACGGCUCCAAACAAAAGUCGUUUGUAUGAAAAUGAUGAGGAUCUUUUGUACAUGGG